UUUUCGAAGAAGAUCUAUGCUAGGCACCUAAAAUUCGAAGGUGUUCAGUACAUCGGCCAUCUGAGGAACACGCCUGGUGGCAACCAGGAUUUCCUUUUGCUUGACCCAAGUCUCUCAACAUUCAUCGACAGCUUGUACAUUGCGAGCGAUCACCUCGGUAUUCGGCACUUGUUGUUCGCUGACUCGUGGAAACCAUGCGCGAUUGAACAAGAAAUUGGCAUAUGGUGGAAAGCCGUGAAACUGGAAGACGUUGGUGGCCUCAUUCGGAUCCGCAGUGACGUGAGCUUUAGUGUACUGCAGCGAUUCUAG